AUGGGCUGUUCAAAAGUUAACUGCAAAAGUUCGACGUCUGGGGAUUCGAUGGUAUCAUGUUGGCUCUGUCUGGACUCUUAUCACGACAAAUGUGUAGAAUUAUCCGUCCGAACUGCUGAUAAUCUAAGAGAAAAUAAAGGUCUACGUUGGUGCUGUAUUAAAUGUCGUGCGUACGAUGCUGAAUUUUAUUCCUUUUUCAAAACUACACGUAUAGAGUUUAAUAAAAUAUCCCUGGAACUCAACUCUGUCUUGGAAAAGUUCAAUAAAUACAAACAAGUAUUUGAUAACUCAUCCCGUUUGGAUCAGUUCCUUCAAUCUCCUUCUGAUUCUUUACGCAAAAGAAAGAAGCCAUCCGAUAUUACUGUCCGUACUGCAGCAAACGAUGAAACAAAUGUCAUAUCUGUUCCGAAAAUCAAUCUUCCGGAUACUUUCUCUACAAGUGUAUCCUCGUCAAAACCUACCGAUGCAAACAAAUUAACAGCGGAAGUUAUUCCAUCCGGAACUAAUCAAUUUUAUUCCCCUCUAACUUCGCCGAAAUCUCCAAAUGCUCCGAAUACUCCGGCUAGUCCCAAUUUACGUGUUGUCGUACCGAAGAAAACUAUAUUUGCUGCCCGUUUUGCGGCUGAAACUUCUGAGAACGAUAUAAUUUCAUAUAUUAAUAGUAAAAUUGGCUCUAAUCAUGAGAUAAAGCUGUAA